AUGUCAACAGUCUCCCCGGUGAAUCUCACAGGACCACUCCUCCUGCUGUUGCUAUGGGCAACCCACCUCGCCAUGGCAACCAACUGGCUCUCUCUGGCGCGGUUGCCCCGUUCCCGGCCGGUGUCUGGGUCAGGCCCCUGUGGGCGUUUGAGGGGUCUGACCGUGGGGCAGGUGGGGGUGUGUCGCGCCCGUGGGGAGGUCAUGGAGUCUGUGCGGAAAGCCGCGGACAUGGUCAUUGAAGAGUGUCAGCACCAGUUUCGGAAUCGCCGUUGGAACUGCUCCACCACCCCUCGCGGAAUUAACGUGUUUGGAAAGGUCAUGAACCAAGGCACCCGGGAGGCGGCCUUCGUGCAUGCGCUGUCGUCAGCCGCGGUUGCCGUGGCGGUGACACGUGCCUGCAGCCGGGGGGAGCUGGAGAGGUGCGGCUGUGACCGAAAGGUCAGAGGGGUCAGCCCCGAAGGGUUUCAGUGGUCUGGGUGCUCUGAUAACUUGUCCUACGGCGUGGCCUUCUCUCAGACAUUCGUGGAUGAGCCAGAGCGAGCCAAGGGCGUGUCGUCAGGGAGACCGCUCAUGAAUAUUCAUAACAACGAGGCGGGGCGUAAGGCCAUUCUCCAUAACAUGCAGGUAGAGUGUAAGUGUCACGGAGUGUCCGGUUCCUGUGAGCUCAGAACGUGCUGGAAGGUCAUGCCGCCGUUCCGUCGCGUGGGGGUCGUGCUAAAGGAACGUUUUGACGGCGCCACCGAGGUACGUUUGUCUCGGGUGGGCUCCAGGACGGUCCUCCUGCCGCGGGACCCCCAAGUGAAACCCCCCGUCGCCCGCGACCUGGUUUACCUGGCCUCUUCCCCGGAUUUCUGCCGUCUAGAUCCGGAUAACGGCAUUCUGGGAACGGCAGGGAGGCGAUGUAACGGAACGUCCCGGCUGGCUCCGGAUGGUUGCGAGCUGCUGUGUUGCGGUCCGGGGUUCCGUGCGGGUCGGGCCGAGGUGGUCCAGCGCUGCUCCUGCAAGUUCUCCUGGUGCUGCUCGGUCCGAUGCCAGCAAUGCAAGAACACGGUUCUCAUCCACACGUGCCGAGAGUGA